CGCCGUGUCAGUCAAGCGAGGCGCCGCGCGGGUGCCGUGCCUUAAAGGGACAUGGGCUAGCGCGGGCCCCGCCACGGCCGACAUGGCGGCGGCGCCCGGCCACCAGCGCACGGAUGAUCUGCACAAAGCUCAUAACUCUUCAUCAGUCACAGAUGGACUCUCUGCAACUUCAUUUAUAGAAUACCCAAAUUACAAGCCAUUUAUUAAUUCUGAUUUGCAGCGCUCCCCAUGGAAACCAGUAAUUCCAUAUCCUGAAAGUAAUAGCAGAGCCAUAUUUUCUGCUCUGAAGAAUCUCCAGGAAAAAAUUCAUCGACUGGAGUUGGAAAGGUUUCAGGCGGAGGAGAAUGUAAAACACCUCAGCAGGGAAACAGCAGACUAUAAAAAAGUACUGAGUGAACAAAUGGAAUAUAAAGAGCAUGACAAGACUGAAGUGUCAAAGAAAAAUCAAGAACUGGCUUCUCAGCUGGCAGCUGCGGAGUCUCGGUGCAGCCUUCUGGAGAAACAGCUGGACUACAUGAGAAAAAUGAUCCAACAUGCAGAAAAUGAGAAGUCUCAUCUCUUGGAGAAACAGGGUUCAUUGGAGAGAGAUCGGCUUGAUCAGUCACACGUUCAGUCUAAAUUGGAAAAGCUGGAUAUGCUGGAAAAAGAGUAUAGGAGACUUACUGCGAUGCAGUCCAUAGCAGAGAAAAAAAUGAAAGAGCUGGAACAGAAGCUUUGGGAGGAAGAACACGCAAGGAAGCUUGUUCAGGAAAAAGCAGCUGAGCUUCAGACAGGCCUGGAAACCAACAGACGACUGAUUCAAGCAGCAUCACCAUUGCUUUCUCCAAAAGCAAGACAACCCAGGAAAAAAGCUAAGCAGCCAGAGAAGAAAUGCCCUCUUGGAAGCCGUUCCACUGUGCAGCCCCAUUACAGACUGUGUCUGGGUGACGUACCCUUUGUGGCUGGGAAGUCUACCAGUCCCAGUCAUUCAGUUGCUGCCAACGUGCAACAUGUGCUACACCUGAUGAAACAACACACGAAAGCUUUGUGUAACAGACAUGUGGUAAAUGAUACUCCACUGGCAAAACCCAUCAGCACUGCUCAUCCUGCCAGCAAAACCAGAAGGCCAUCCCUGCCGAUGGAAUCGUCUUCGUCUCAGGAAGAGCUCUCAGAAGUGUUGCUGACUUUACAAGAUGAAUUUGGACAGAUGAGUUUUGAUCACCAGCAGCUGUCAAAGCUCAUCCAGGAAGCCCCAACCACUGCAGUGAAGGAGGAUCUGGAGAGGGAACUUGAGGCACUGGUGGGAAAGAUGGAAGCAAAGGCAGACCAGAUCAGCAAAGUUCAGAGGCAUCGGUUGCAGCUAGAGAGACUUAAGCGAGAAUGCAAGUCCAAAAAGACUUCUGCUAAACAAAUGAAAGACAGCAGGUUCCCUGUUAGUGAGGUUAAAGUAACAACUACAGUAACCACAAAAGGAAAGAAUGCUGGUCCCAUCAAAGUGAAACCUGGGGAGAAGAGUCGCAAGAAUCUUCAGUUGUUGAGAGACAUGCAGACCAUACAGACUUCUCUACAGAAAGAUGAUAUCAGCUGGGACUACUGACUUUUCUGCAGACAUGUUCUUGAAUCAUCCCAAACUGGCCAAACUUUCUCACAUUCUGGAUGUAAAGCAGCUGCCUUUUUCACUGUGUGGAAGAGACUACUCUACACUAAGCACACUUUUGAAAUACAGGCUCUUAGUUCUCCAUCCCUGCAUUUGAUUGUAUAUAUUAUGAUCUAGCUUAGAACACAUUCUGUUUUUAAGGUACCCAGCCACUGAGUUGAACAGUAGGGUCCCUUAUCUUAUGAUUCCAGCAUUCCCUCCAUUUUCCUUCAGCACACCCAAGCACUGCACGUUUAUGUGGGUUGGUGUGUGUGUGAUGUGCCAGCACGAUUUCACACUGCUGUUGAACUGGGAGGCUCCUGAGGAUGCACCUUGUUUGAAAUUGAUGCUGCAGCCCUGAGUCUUAAGGGCUUUCUGUCAGUUCUGUGUGCAGCUGCAAUGGCUCCAUCUCUCAGAGAACACCUUUUAAAGGUGUUCUGUGGAGCUCUCUUCAAAAUGCUUUCCUAGUUCUCGUUCUGCUGCGUUGCAUUAGUCAGCAUGAAUGGCAGAGGAUGUUUGAGAACUCAAAAAAGGAGCAGAAUAACACAUGAAUUAUGUUGCUUAAUGAUCAAGUGAUAUUUUUCUACAGAAAUCCUAGUUUAGGAAAAAGGUAUAGGAUAGGGGAUAAUACCUAUUCCUGGUUCACAGCUGUGGGUGGUAAAGGAGUGAGAUAAACCACAAGUAUUUUAAACUGCAAGUGCCUCAAUCAUGCCAUUCAGUCCUGGCAUCUUGCUUUUAACUUGAAAUAUGUGCUUUGAUGAGCUAUCUACUUUGGUAGUGGUGCAAUUAAUUUUGUGCUCUGACUUGCACAGCUGAGUAAAUUUUAUUUAUUAUGUUAAUAAUUUAAAGAAUUUCCUAUUAACGGAAUGUACAGAAGACCGUUACUUGUAUAUACAGUGGAAAAAUAAUAAAGCCAGCUUGUCUGUUGAGUGAA